UUUUUUACAAAGUAAUAUUUAAACAGUACACAAACAAUAGUUAAACAAAAAUAAACGUAUUAAAAUAAAAAGAAAUCACUAUCAAAAGAUCUGUCAUACAACUAUGGUUUGCGAAAAAUGUCAAAAGAAGUUGGGCAAAGUGAUAACACCAGAUCCGUGGAAGUCCGGAGCCAGGAACACAACAGAGGGUGGUGGCAGGAGUGUGAAUGAAAACAAGGCUUUGACGGCCAAGAAAUGCAGGUUUACCCCAUACAGUGCCUUUGAGAAGUGCAAGAUUUGCAGAUCCAUCGUUCACCAGAAAGGGUCACACUACUGUCAAGGCUGUGCUUAUAAGAAGGGAAUCUGUGCAAUGUGUGGGAAGAAGAUAAUCAGCACGGCCAACUACAGACAAUCAUCAACAUGAGAGGCCAUUCAUAUGAAAGAUCAACAUAAUGAAAGAUGAGUCAGGGUGUGGCUGUGCCUCUUUUAAAGAGGGAAAGGGUGAACUAGACAUGCUGUUGUGUUUAAGUUUGAUUAAAAUUGUAUGAACUGCAACACGCAGAUAUUGGUUUUAUAAUAUACCCAAAGCUGGAAAUAAUAGAAUGGCAACGCCCAUUGUGUAGCAUGUUUUAAAUGUCUAUGAUACUUACAAGAUAGUUUACUCUUCUUUUUCAUGAAUAGCAUGUAUUAUUUGAUGGCAAAAAUAUAUAUUGUAAAAUUUUACUGAACUACAUACAUGUAUUACACUUGUUCUUGGCAAGGCUGGUCUUGCCUGGGGUGUAUUUAUUAAUUUUAUAUGAAUCCUUUCCAUUUUUUCAUAAACCUCAGAAUUAAGUGAUUGUGUAGUGCAUUUACCGGGGGGGGGCAUAAUUAUUUUCUCCAGAUGGAACAACAGGUUAACUCUCUGUCUUGGUCUUAUUGGUUUGUGGUUAGGUCUAUUGAAGAUUAUGCGUCUCAUUUUUUUUAGUCAGACAAAACAUGUGGUUUCUAUGACAACUGAAAUAGAGUGAAUAUCUUUUCAUCCAUCUGAACAAAAUUGGAUCAUGUGAUAUCUGAAAAAGUAUGCAAUCUAGGUACUUGUAUAUGAGACUAUUUCUAUUGCUAGCAAUUCUAUGUGACUUGUUCAUAGCAAAGCUGUUGUCUCUGGUGUCCAAUGGUUUUUCUUUAUAUUAAUCCUUUAAAAUUCUCUGGAAACAUCUGUUUUAUUGUGUAUUAUGUGAAAAAGUAUUUUUAAUCUCUCAAGUGAAUCGACUCUAAAACUAGCAAGUAAUGAUAGACACCAUGCUUUUAAUAUUAGACAAAUUUAUAUGUUUUCUAUAUAUAUUGUUAUAAUAAUUUUGUUUGUAAAUAUAUUGUACAGUGAUGAUACAAAAUAAAGGAAACACUGCAUAUUGAA